GGCGAGGGCGCGCGAGAAGAAAGUGAGGCGAAGCGCGAAGUCAUUGAAUUCUUGAGUUUCCGAAGCAGGUAGAGGAAGAGAUCGAGAGGACUUAGCAAGCAACGAUGUAUCAUCCAACGAGAGGAGGCGUUCGCGGCGGUCGAGAUCAAUUUAAGUGGGACGAUGUCAAGGUUGAUAAGCAUCGAGAGAACUAUCUUGGACAUAGUAUCAAAGCCCCUGUUGGAAGAUGGCAGAAAGGAAAGGACCUUCACUGGUACACCAAGGAUAAAAAGUCCCUGAGUGCAGAAAUGGAAGUGGCUAAAGAGGAGAUAAAAAGGAUAAAAGAAGAGGAAGAGCAGGCAAUGCGGGAGGCUCUUGGUUUAGCUCCUAAGCGUAACAUUCGACCUCAGGGUAAUCGACUUGAUAAGCAUGAAUUCUCAGAGCUUAUAAAGAGAGGAUCUACUGCAGAAGACUUGGGUGCUGGCCAUGCUGAAGCAGCAAGAGUUGAAGGGCUCGGUUAUUCUAGGGCAACCGGUAGCUGGGAAGAAUCAACUUCUCUUCCCGUUGAGCCAAAGGAGGUUUCACCCAUGAGGGAGAUUGGAGCUUUGCCCAAUCCACCAGCAAGAAAUACUAAAGACGAAGAACCUUCAGAGGAUGAAAGGAGCCGGAAGAAGAGAAGGCGUGAAGAGAAGAAACAUGAAAAGCGGGAGAAGCGUCGUGCCCAUGAUUCAGAUGACAAGAGGAAACACAGAAGGGAAAAGGAGAAGAGGAGGCAUGAUUCUGAUUGAUCUGUGCGCAAUCAUCUUCUGCUAAUUGUUACAAUCGCCAACAGUUUAGUGUAUUAUUUAGGCCCUUACCAUAAACUCGAAAUGUUGGCUUUAAGAGUGGUGCAUUUGUGCUCUAAUUUUCCAUUUUGAAGUGGGAUUACGAUGCUGUUAUUUUGCUUA